UCUGUGAUGAUAUUCAAUUUCCUCAGAGUAAAACACUCUAUGAAUGGAAAAGUUGCCUUCGCUUCCAAAUAUAUUCAAACUCAGAUUUCCUGUAUGUAUACGUAUACGUACUCAUAGGAAUCAAAGGACCAUCAACAUCGAAUGGUUAUUAUGAACCUUUAUUGAGUGAUUAAAAUUAUCUAUGGAAAUCUAUACUUUUGUCUUUGGGGACAAGGGACAAUAAUCCAAAAAAUAGAAAAAAAUGUGUCUAUCUAUGGUCAACCGGCGUCUGAUAAAUGUUUUUGUUUAUUUGUGAAAUCUUAAUAAUAAAUGAUGUAAAAUUUAAAACAUGUCUGUAUUAUCGGAAUAUAAAUUUUUUUUCCCAAUAGACAGUAUUCAAAAAGUAUGUGAUCUGUUCGAGGAGCAAUUGCGCAGCAAUAAAGAACCGGAUUUGGCAUUGUUUUCCAUCGUAGUUGGAGCUGUUGAAAAUAACUUAACAAAUGUUAAAAACAGUGAGAAAGACGUUAAUUUGUCCUCAAACAAAUUUAUUAAAAUGAAGUUUCCCUCCGUGGAGUGGGAAGAAGUUAAAACACUUUACGAGCGCUUCGUGUCUCUGAUGAAGAACGGCGUCGACACAAAGCUGUUAAACGGAGAACACGCUACUCGUGAUUUGGUGAAACGAGUGGCGGACGUGGUUUGGAACUCCCUGACACGCAGUUACUACAAGGACAGGGCACAUUUACAAUCUGUGUACAGCUUUUUAAAGGGAAACAAGUUGGACUGUUUUGGAGUCGCCUUCGCAGUAACUGCCGGUUGUCAAGUUCUUGGUAAAGAGGAUGUGCACUUGGCUCUGUCAGAAGACCACGCGUGGGUAGUUUUUGGAAAAGAUGGAGCUAACACUGCUGAAGUAACUUGGCAUGGUAAAGGCAAUGAAGACAAAAGAGGCAGGUCCGUCGGAGAAGGAGUGCUUGCCCGAUCUUGGCUGUAUGUGGCUGGCAAGCCUGUUGUGUGCACACGGGUAAUGGAACUUGCAGCUUUAGUGUCGUCCAUUAACCCAACACUAACUCCCACUAUUGAUGUGCAUGAAGUGGCCCAGAUGCAACACAGGCUACUUUGGUUGCUUUAUGAUAAAGGUCAUUUAGAUGCAUACCCUAUGGCUUUAGGGAAUCUUGGUGAUUUAGAUGAGUACAUGAAAAUAUCUAAUUGUACAGAAGAACCAGAGAGUUCUGCAUUAAAAAAUGAAACUGGAGUCACAAGUACAAAUACACCUCGGCCAGAUUCUGCAACUUUGUACGUACAAGCAAUACGAUCAUCACGAACCUAUUAUGAGGACCGCCAUGUGUACCCUUAUACAUUUCAAGGAGGAUAUUAUCACAGACACAAAAUGUAUAAAGAAGCUUUUCAUGCCUGGGCCUGUGCUGGGGAUGUGAUCCGACACUAUAACUAUUCAAGAGAUGAUGAAGAAAUUUACAAAGAAUUUUCUGAAAUUGCGAAUGAACUUAUACCCCAGUUGAUGAAAGCUGAAAGUUCUGGACAUUCUGCCAGAUCUAUAUUGAAAGAUCCAGAAUGUUUUGCAUCUCUUCUCAGGUUCUAUGACGGGAUAUGUAAAUGGGAAGAGGGAAGCCAAACACCCAUCCUGCACAUUGGCUGGGCAAAACCACUCGUGAGCACCAUAUCAAAGUUCGACGCUGAAGUGAGAGCGCAAGUAAACAUUGUCUGCAGUCCCGACGAUGGUGAGUCUACUGAGGAAACUGAAAAAACUGAAAAUUCGACUCAAAAAGAGGAUAACGAGAUGGACAAUGACAUAUGGAACAACAAUGAAAACGCAGAGCUGUCAGUGAGGGAGCAGCUGACUGCGGCAGUGAACAGCAGGCCUCGUGUCACUCUGUACAGCCACAAGAUGGCCGCACUCAAGCCGUUGCUGUUGGCCGAGCGUCUCAACACUCACGCACUGCAGCUGCAGUUGACUGCGCAGAGUCAGUUGCAGAGGCCGCAGCCACCAGCCAAGAGAUCCAAAGAGGAUGAAGAGCACAACGCUCAAGCGCCGACGGCACGAGCGAAGCGCGCUCGUCGUGAACGCUAAGUACGAUUUGUCGAUUCAUUAGCAACCUAUUUUCGGCUCACUGUUGAGCACGAGUCUCAUUUCAGAAUGAGAGGGGCUAGGCCAAUGCAGAUUGGCAGACUUCAGACAUAUAGAGAAUUGAGAAAAUUUUCAGGUAUGCAGAUUUCCUCACAAUUUUUCCUUCACUGUUCGAGACACGUGAUAUUUAAUUUCCUUAAAUGCACAUAAUUGAAAAGUUGGAUGUGCAUGCCCCGGACCGGAUUUGAACCUGCACCCUCCGAUUUGAAGGCAGAGGUCAUAUCCACUGGGCUAUUACGGCUCUCACGGAUUUUUGUGAGGUUUGUCACGACACGACGGGCCGUCGCUAUAGCCCACUGUGGUGGACCAACCUGUUAUUGGGAUGGUAUCAGUGACAGUUUUGUGCCACACUUCAAAGGAUUAAAACCAAGAAUGUCGAUUAGCCUCUAUGUGGCCCAAUGCUGUUUUUGAAAUGAUUUCUUUUGAAUUGACUUGAUUAGGCCUGUUGUGAUUUCAGACCAAUUAUUGUAUAGGACCUGCCUCGCUUGACGUUACUUUUCUAUCAAAGUAUAUGAUCAACGAUCUAAUGCGAUUAUAAAAACUAUAAGAUAAAGAUAAGAUAAAUAUACUUUAUUUGCACACCACAAAGACAAAAACAAGUGAAAUAAAAAACAAAUUAGGAAGAGAUCAGCAUACAAAAGGCGGCCUUAUCGCUAAGUAGCGAUUUCUUCCAGGCAACCUUCGGUUUAGGAAAACUUAAGGACAUCAGCAGGUGACGUAAAACAAAAAUAACCAUAGUAUUAGUAAUACACAUACAUACAAAUAAUUUACAUCCUAAUACAUAAACAAUAUUACACAAAUACCUACAAUAAUGAAUAAAAUACAUAUCAAAAUAUACUAAUAAAUACCUUAUAUUGAAAAGAAAUAAUAUACACAGAUUGUCUUUACUGCACCAGAUAAUGAGACUUUACGGCAUUUUUAAAAAUGUCCAGUGUCUUUGAUUGCCGUAUGUUUAAAGGGAGAGCAUUCCAUAACUUAACGGCUUGCACAACGAAAGAAUGUUUAUAAAAUUUCGUCUUAUGCACGGGUAAACAUAGAGUUAGUAAUCGACACUGUCUCAGUUCAGACUGCACUCCCUGAAACGUAAAUUUCUCCUUCAGAUAUCUCGCGUCCGCAUAAUCUAAAACCGAAAGAAAAAGAGAAUGUGCUAACAUAACUUUAGUAGGAAUUGGUAAAAAUGAUCUUAAACGUCUCUAUAGUAUCGAUAUAGUAUCUCUAUAGUAUCGAUGUUAAAUAGUUGUAAUCAUGUUUGUCGGUUAAAGAGCUCUUUUUUUUAUAGAUUUAUUUGUAAUCAACAGCGUAACAGUAGGUACAUAAUUAUUAGAUUACAUAGGUUUAAAACUAAGGCCUUAAACUUGAAAAAUACUUUUCUGUGUUGUGUUAAUUGAAUGGUGUGAAAAACGGGCAAAAACUUUUAGUUUAGUAUAAGAUAUAUACCAAAUCUAAGCUUGUUUUCCUUAGAAAAUGACAGACAAUUUUGUUCGUGACUAUGAGUGCAAUACAGGUCCUCCUUCUAUAAUUGGUCUGAGGUUGUGAUGGAUAGAUAACAUCUACCAUUUUUUUUCUUAUAUACAUUGCUAGCCGACGCCCCGCAGUUUCCCGUUCCCGUGAGACGGGAUAAAAUAUACAGCCUAUGACCAUACUAUUUUGGUUAUAAACCAAUCACCCAGUUGAAGGGGCUAUUACAACCCAUCGUACAUUCUGUACAAUAACAUGUAAAUAUACAAAUAUUAUUAUUGCAUAAUAAAUAGUAUAUUUGAUGAUUAAGAAUUAGAAUUUAGUGUAAUACUUUUAUUUGAUAGAACAGAUGAUAGUUCAAAAAUUGUGCUUCAUUUUGCAAGCUAUAGUCUAGUCUGACUGUUGUCAUGGAGAACUCUAAAAUAAACUGCAGCAAAAAUGGAAGGAAUGUCUUUAUAUAAUAAUUUCGAAAUUGUGCGAGGAGUAGUGUUUCAUAGUAAGAUAUUACUUUACGCUUUUUAAAUCAUUUUCAGACUUUAAUGGACUAGUGUCAUCCCAAUCUCUCCUUAUAGAAAAGGACGUGCAGUUGCAAGGGCGUUCAUAUAAUGAAACUGUAAAAUAAUACCAAGCUUCUCAGGCACUUAACGAAUGCCUUCUUUUAUAACAAAAAGUUAGGGUUUUAGAUUGUCGUAAGGUUGCCAUACCUACUAUCGGCAAAAAUGUAGCGCCAAGGGAUUUAUGUUCCUAUAUGUUGUAGUUCAGAAACCACUCUAGGCACAUAAUAUAUGAAUUAAAUCACACUCCUUCCAAGCAACCAUUGUCGUCUUCACCUAACAUCGCUGAUAAAUGUUAAUUUUCUGAUAAAAUAACAUAUUAACCUCCAGGCGACUUACCUACUAACCUACAUGUUUUUUUUAAAUUAACGGUUAAGUGAGUAAGAAGUAACUUAUUAUAACAAAGUAAAUAGUUUAUAAAAAAAACAGCUAUUGUAUUUUCCGAUUUCACUUUUGAACAUAGUUUUAAGAUAUUUAGUGCAGGUGCGAAGAUUGUUGCAUAGCUAAGAAUGCAAAAUAUGAGGGCUGAAUUCCAGUUAAGAGUAAAUCAAAAAUUUUCAUUAGUAACUGAACUUAGGGCCAGACUAAAUAAAAACUGAUGCAGAGGUCAGGAUUUAAAAGUGCUCUUGUUACUAUUCUCGUAACGAAUAUAAAUAGAAGCAACGACAUUUCAUACAAUAGACAUGUUACAUGCCUACAAAAUCACCGCAAAUAGUGUUCCGGAUUUAGAGACUCCACUGCUCAUGUAUAUACAGUUUUUACAGUUCCUGAACACACGACUCAACAUAGUCAGUGGCGUAGUGUGUACAAAUCUAGGCGUGGGCAAAAAUGCAUCGCGAGGCCCCGACGAAAAACUAGAGUAGGUUCUCAUUUGUCCGAAACUGAUAUUUUUUUUGUUUGAAUGAGUAGGUAUAACUCAAUGAAACAAGAAUGUCUCCUUUAGAUAUAAGUAGUGCUUUAUUAUUUAAAGCCAUUAAUAUCAAUAAUACAAUUAAUAUAAUAUUCGUAUGAUAGUGAACAAAUAAAACCGUGCUGAAAAAGAAUAUCAUCUAUAUUAUUAUUACGGAGUGGGAAAUUUUGUGGGGCCUCGCGUGGGGCCUUGUAGCUCCGCGAGGCCCCUUUGGAUGCGAGGCCCACGCCUUGUUACGUCACUGGACAUUGUAUACAAUAUAUAGGUAUUAUUUGUUUAAAUAACUUUCUUGGUUUAGUAUGCUACUCAAAUUAAGACAAUUAGCCGCUUUUGUCCGCCUUAAUUUUAAAGCGCUAGUGACAUAUUUCUAUUACGAGUAUAAAAUCUUUGAGUAGAGGGGAUAAAUAGUACCAAAAAUGUAAAUGUACAAGAUCCAUAUCAAAAAUUUUUAACCUAUUCUUAACUUAAAUCUAUUAGUGGAAUUCGGUCCACAUAUUUAGCGUACUGACUUAUCUCUAGCGGUCUAUUUUCCACGACGCCCGCUAUUACAGCUCUUCCGAAAUACACAUUUAAAAAGACACCAAAAUGUCUCUGUAAAUAAUAAUUGUUCCAUUGAACUCUCUUGAAGGUAGAUCAGAUAUUGUUAAGUAUCUGAAUAUUUUUUCAUGAUCACUAUGUUCGCUUGCUUUAAGGUAGAGUCCUUUUCAUGAAAGAAGUCCCGCGGUUAAAACCUGAACUAAAAUUAUUGACAGCGCCUUAUCAAAUGACCGCCGUUACUAAAUGACAAUGAGCGCCAUUAAGACAUUAAAGGCCGUACAGACUACUUUUAGUCGAGUUCGAACAAUUUUUAGCCGGUAAAUUCAAUAAUUGUUCGUACUCGACUAAAAUACUAAAGUAGUCCGAACUAGGCCUUAGCGCCGCGUCUGGGUGACUUCUUUCAUGAAAAGAACUAUAUGUCUAAUCGGAUCACAGUUUUAAAAUUAAUAUGUAUACGUUCUAUAAGUUAUGUUGUUGAAGAUAUUUUUUUUUGCUUUUACUUUUCAGUAUAGGUACCUGUGUCGUCAAAAACUGUUCGCCUCAAAUAUAUUGUUAUGUUGAUUUGCUACCCCAUGUAAGUUAAAUCAAAUAAAAUUUUAAUAUUUUUCAAGAAAAUAUCCAUGUAAAAUUUGUGGCUAUAUACAUGGGGAUUUCCAUACACGAACUAAAAUUGUUGGUGAAUUGUUCUUUAUUAAGAGUUGCAGUUUUUAAAUGGAAUCUAAUAUUUAAAAAUGUUCUUAGAAUGUUAAUAUUGCUUUAAAUUGUUUAUAAAGUUGUAUGCGUAGCAUAAUUGUGAAAAGAGUGAAACUCUUUAUUUGUUAUUAUUUAUUACUUUACGUUCCGUUAUAUCAACUGUACAUGGCUUCGUAAAUCUUCUGUUUUUUAUUAAUAAACUAUGGAUAAUAAUUAAGUCACUUUAGAGUAACUAAAACUGUUUAAGCUGUUGCCAUGUACAAAUUUUGUAGAUCCUAAAAGGAUACUUAAUAUUAUUAUUAUUAGUAGGCAUAGAGAUUCAUAUAAUGUUAAACUAUUGUUUAUAAAUUGUUGUAUUACAUUGGUUUUGGCCAAUAUGCGUCUUAUAAAUUUAAUUUAAGAUUAUUUUAUUGAAAUUUAAAAUCAGAAUAAGUUAUAAUUGAAAAAAUAUUUUCAUAUGUUAAUUAUUAUUGGUGAAAUAAAGAAAAAAUCCUUCUAAAAGGGUAAAAAAAAAUGAUGUAUAAAAAGAUGUUACUUUCUGUAAUUUGAUCAGAUUAUGUAAAUGUAUCGAAUUUCUAGUAAUCAAAAUAUUAACGGGGACUUUUCCAAAAAAGAUUUUAUUAUGUGUUAGUUAACAAACUGUUUCCACACUCUAACUUAAACUGCACCCCAGAUUCCCUUCCAAAUGGAGAUUUGUCGAUAAUUGUUUGAAAAAUGGCUAUUCGGAAGCAGUGGCGUAGCUAGGUAACCAAGGGUCCUGGUGCACAUUAUAAAAAGUAAAAAUAGGACCCCACUACACUACUAUUAAAACUGGUUAGGUUUUAUCUUAAAAAUCUAAUAUAUAACUCAAAGGUUGACUGACUGACAUAGUAAUCUAUCAACGCAAAGCCCAAACCACAGGACGGAUCGAGCUGAAAUUUGGCAUGCUGGUAGAUGUUAUGACGUAGGCAUCUGUUAAGAAAGGAUUUUAAUCAAUUCUACCCCCAAGGGGAUUAAAGUUUGUAUGAAACUUUGUCAGUUUUAAACCAAUUGGGCUGAGAUGCAUAAAGCUACUAUGACGUAGGCAUCCCCUAAGAAAAGAUUUUGAUAAAUUCCACCCCAUUUGUAUAAAUCUUGGAUGGAUUUGUAAAAAAUUAAAUUCCACGCGGAUGAAGUCGUGGGCGUCCGCUAUUACAAAUACAUAAAAUGCUAAAUUGCUAUAUCAUCAGCUCGUUUUCAUUUUCGAAAUUUUGUAAAUUCAGUCCGAUCGCGAUUUUCUGGUAAGUAUUAGAGGCCCCCCUGAGCUUGACGGUACCGGGCAUUGCACGCCUAGGCCCUUGGUAGCUACGCCAUUCGGAAGUCAUGUAGACUCGCAUUGCGCGAAGAAAUCGCAUAAAAGUCGCACGCAGUUCGCUUCAUAAACAGUGCAAAUCUAAAAAUCAUAAAAAAAAAUCACUGAAAUGUCAUUUUACUGACUGGAAUUAAUAAUCGAUAAGAUUAAUCGUAUGUACGAUUAUUAAUUCCAGCCAGUAAAAUGACAUUUCUAUGACAGUUUCACUUGUUUACUGAAUUGAAUUAAUAAUCAUACUAUACAACUAAAUAGACUUAUCAGCAAAGCAUGCGCGGUUGCGUGGACAUUUGGAAACUGAAUUCUGGACCGACAAAACUUACCUAUUAAACAACCUAUGAAGCGAACUGCAAUAAUUAAGCUAUUUCAAUAAUUCUUUUAAGUAUAUUAAUUACAUCUCUCAACUUUAAUUUUGAUAAAUAAUUGUGAUAAAAGUAGAUUUUAGAAAACUUCUCCAUUUGUGUAGUUUAAAUGAAUAAGCUAAAAUAUUGUGUAAGUAUCCGAUUGUGAAUAAUUUAAUGUGAUCAUAGUUGCAUUUAUAGUUUUUAAAUAUUGAUUGAUUUUACAUUUUAUCUGCACUUCAAAAUGUAAAUAAAUUUGAUUUAUUAUAUA